UUUGGCAAUAAAGCCAUUCUUGAUAUUAUUUUUUUUGAACGGAUGAUUAUACGAUUACGUUUAUCAAGAUGAGGUUAUUUUAAUGGAAAAUAUUCAAUUUAUAAAUGAUGACGAUAACAUAAUUGAUAUUGAUGAACCUUUUCAAACUUGGACCAAUUCAAUUCGUGAACCACAAUUAGAGUUUGAUGAUACAGAAGUACAGAAUUCGGUUCCUUAUGAUAUUGAAAAUGAAUAUAACGAUGGAUUGUUAAACGAAAAACUUGACCUCGAGUUGACCGAAAAAGUUGAUGCUCUGCAGUUUUUCGAUGAAAAUUACGAAGACCAAAUUAAAAUUACCCCAAUUAUGGACAUGGGGGCGGACUCUAAGGCGAUAGAUAAUUUCUCAGAUAUGGUCAAAUACAACAUUAUUAACGUGACCGGUGAUGACAAAUAUGGACGUAAAAUUAUUAUAAUAUCCGCUUGUAAUUUACCAACAAGAGAUAAAAUGGAUUACAACAGAUUUUUGAAAUAUAUAACCACUACUCUGGACACAUUCGUUGAAUUAGAUUAUGUUAUCGUUUAUUUUCACUGUGGCUUGAAUAGUAAAAACAAACCACCAAUGUCAUGGUUAUGGCAGGCUUAUAAGAUGUUUGAUCAUAAAUAUAAAAAAAAUUUAAAGCAGCUUUAUCUCGUGCACCCUACGAAUUUUGUAAAAAUAUUUUAUCAAAUCUUUAAACCUGCAAUAAGUAAUAAAUUCGGCCAUAAAAUUGUGAAAAUAAAUUUUUUAUAUGAACUUCAAACUCACAUGCUCAUUGAACAGCUUUACAUUCCCAAAUUAGUAUUAGAACAUGAUAGCAAAUUAUAUAUAAAUUACAAAAAUACUAUUAAUAAUUCUAAUUUGUUCGAGGACCAUAUAUGCGAAAAUGCAUUAUUUGGAGAAGAUAUAAAAGAUUUAGCGAAAAGAAAUAAUGACCCUAUACCUAUCUUUGUUAAACAAAUUGUUGAACAUUUGUCGACCAAAGAAUCUCUCAGUACUGUUGGGCUGUUUAGAAGGUCAUGCAACAUCAAUUCGCUUAACGCGAUCAAACAAAGAUUAAAUAACGGAGCGAAAUUAAAGAUUGAAUCUACUGAUGAUGCACAUUUAUAUGCCGUUUUGUUGAAAUCAUUUUUACGAGAUUUGCCUUCACCUUUAUUUACAUUUGAAAAUUACGAUAAAAUUAUAAAUUCAGAAUCGAAAUCGAACAUUCAAACUCCAAUAUUUUGUAGAGAUAUUAUAGAUACAUUGCCAAAGGAAAAUUAUGCCUUAAUAAAAUAUAUUAUAAACUUUUUAAAAUUGGUGACGACUCAUAGUGAUAUUAAUAAAAUGACCAGUCACAAUUUGGGCUUAAUAUUUGGACCAAAUUUUAUAUGGGCUAAAACUCAGCCAUCGUUAAUUAACAUCGAUCGUAUUAAUAAUUUUAUCACCGUUUUAAUAUCUUAUUCCGAUGAAAUAUUUGAUAUUAUCUAAUCAUAUUUAUUGAAAUAAUUAUAAUUUUACAAUUUUUAUAUAAAAAAAAUGUAAUAAAAAUACAUUGUUAUUUAUAAUACAUUUUAUAAUAUAUUUAUUUAAUAAA